GUGAAAUCACUUGGUAACUUCCUUCGUGUACAGUCAUCAUUGGUGAUGUCCAUGCAUGAGUGUAUAGCUGGAUGUUGGCGACGCUGAUAAUAAAGAUGGAAUUAUCAAAGUACCUGAUAUUUCUGUGUUGUUUAAUGCGGUCAGAGGCUGUUAUUCCAUACCCAGGCGAUAAUGCACAAGUUGAAGACCUAGUCAGAUACUACUUCGGACUUUUGUAUAAUUCACGCGAAAUAUGCGGUUUUCUUUUGUUUGUUCAUGGAGUUCUCAUAAGUACGUCAACACUGAAAAGAAUGAAAUUAAGACUUGGAUUAAGGAGACACGCAUGUGAAGUUCCAUUACAAAUAAUAAUACAGAAAAUUAUUGAUAUGCACCGAGAUGGUUUUUGCAAUUUAGGUUACAAAGCAAUGUGGAGAUUACUAAAUGUUGUCCAUGGGAUAAGAGUAACUCAGAACACAGUAAGAGCAUGUUUAAGCAUCAUGGACGUAGAAGGAGUGUAUCUGAGAUCAAGACGUUGCUUAAGACGGAGAUUAUAUUAUAGCAAAGGUCCUAACUACCUCGUACACAUCGAUGGAUAUGAUAAGCUUAAACCGUUUGGUGUUGCUAUUCAUGGAGCUAUAGAUGGAUUCUCAAGAAAGAUAUUGUGGUUAAAAGCUGGAUUUUCUAAUAACAAUCCAAAAUUAAUUGCAAACUUAUAUCUUAAGUUCAUCAUCACGCUGGGAAGGGUUCCGCACAUUGUAAGAGGAGAUGCUGGUACCGAGAAUGUAUUAGUAAAGGACUUGCAAACGAGUCUCCGAAUGCAUCACGGUGAUGAAAUGGACGGCAUUAGAAGUUACAUUACAGCCAGAUCAAGCGGUAACCAACGAAUUGAACGUUUAUGGGGUACCUUAAGAACUACAUUCACUGACUUUUGGAGAAAUAAAUUCCAAGACAUGAGAGAUAGCGGCAUGUUGGAUACAACAAAUCCUCUGCAUAUUGAAUGCAUACGAUUUUGUUAUUUACCCAUCAUUCAAGAACAAUUGGAUAUAUUCGUCUUGAACUGGAACUCUCACCGAAUCAGAGCCCAACGACAACUCCGAAUACCUCACGGAAUCCCAGAUGUACUUUACCAUCAACCUGAUAUCUACGAAACUUCUGAUUGCUCUCAUCCACUUCCUUGUAAUUUGGAGACCAUAGACGAAAUCGCAAGUGAAUACACAACAGAAUAUCCGUCUCGAGGUUGUAAAGAUGAGUUGCUGCAAAUUCUUGAACUUGCAACUGGAAUGGCUAGAGACGAAAUUCCUCGUAUUCAAACACUAAGGGAUGCUGAUGAGUUCUUGAUUGCUUUGAUACAGAUGUUUGACCAAUUUAAUGGACCUCAAUAAAGAAUGAUUACGUUCAUAAUAUUGGAACAAUCUACAUGCUAACCUUUCAGGAUUUGAGUGUGGAUCUUAUUUUGAUGCAUAUAGAUAAAAAAAAGAUAUAAUGCAUUCGAAUCUCUACUUCAUUAGAUAGCUUUAAGUGUUAAUGUUUUGAUUGUUAGAUUACUUACAUGUGAUUAAUUAUCAAUUUCUUAGUAUGCGUGAUUAAAUAAUUGAUAGACGUUGUAUGGAAA